GCCCGGGCGGCGGCAGCAGCGGGUCCGAGGGAGGCGGCUGAGCGCCCCGAAGGGCGGCGCGGUAGCUCGGCGGCAGCGCAAGGCCGGUAGGAGACGGAGUAGAGCGGGCGGAAGCCGCGUGUGCAGCGCGCCAGGAGCCGGGGGCGGUGCUGCGAAGUCUUUUUCCCCCGCCGUUCGUGGGUUCCCGGUGUUUUAGUACAGCGCUGCGGGAGGCGCCAGAGCAGAUGGGUCGGUGUUCCGCGGAGCCUGCACAGUCUUUGUCUGUAGUCUCCUCUAGUGGUGCUUUGGCUGAUGUUUAGUUUCAUCUUUUACGUAUUGAUUUGGCUUUGUUUAGAUGCAAAACAUUGACGUGCUGUUUGUAAACAGCAAUUAUUUCAGGAUAGGCGAGUUCGGAGAAAUCCAGAGGUGUAAUCUUCCUUAGCAGGACCGGUCCCGUGCGUUGUAACAGACUUUGCAAGCCUGAAUUUAUUGCUUCUUUCCUCUUCAUUGGCUCCAGUAAUUUGAGUCACACGGUGAUUUAAGUUGCUCCUGAUACAGCUUCAUUUUUCAUUUAGAUGGGUUGGAUACUGCAGCGGCGUAGCCCGGAGCGAGGCAGUAUGGCAGGUUUCCCUCUCUAUUUAGAUUGCGUUACUGCUGAUCCUUUGGCAAGAGAUCUGAAAACAUUUACUGCAAGCUGCUCCUAAAAGAAUAUAUGUAUUUUAUAUACAUACAUACAUACAUACAUAUAUAUAUAUAUAUACACACACACAUAUUCUUCCCAAAUUAAUUUAUCAGUCUAUUCUUGCAGAAGUACAACCUGCGUAAGUUGCUCGGAGUUGGUGCUUGUGGAGGCUGAUACGGUGCACCUGGAGCAGCCCAGGAAGCCUGCUUUGGUUCAGCUUAGCCCGGUUUUGUAGUGGAUCACUAAUAACACAAGCACCUGUUGCUGUCUCCUGCCUUUGGGGUGUUUAAAGUGUUUUUUGUGCCCCUCAGGUAGGUCUUCUGGUUCUUGGCUGUUUGAGGAUUUAACCAUACAGCUUGUAAGAAUUCCUCAUUCUGAGCUUUUAUUAGAGUAGUGCACCUAAGAAGAUGUCCUGUGCAGAGCUCCUAACAAAUCCAAAUAAAAAGACUAUUAUGGGCCCUCACGGAAUCAAUCGAGCCGUUCACCGCAUUUCUUUUUCUGAUUGUCAGAAUGGAUUAGGAGUUAAAAUUAUUGGAGGUUAUCGGGCACAAACAGCAGAAGAUUAUGGAAUCUUCAUUAAGCGAAUUCUACCUGGAGGGAUUGCUGCUGUAGAUAGCCGUUUGCUCACUGGAGACCUGAUUUUAGAUGUCAAUGGAGAAAACUUAAUUGGAGUAACCAAUGAGAGGGCUGUUGACAUCUUGCGAACAGCAUCAGCAUCCAAUCAUAUGUCUCUACUAGUUGCUAGAGAUGAAGAAGCAAAGAAGGAAUUCCUUGACCUGAUGGAUAGGUAUGGCUCUCACAGUAACACUGACUCUGCAAGAAGUUCUCCAACACAACUAUUGGCAGCAAAGCCUGUUGACAGCCUUUCUUCUGGGUCAUCCUCAAGGUCACAGAGUCCUCAGUUGCAUCCAAAGGAUAUUACUGCCAUGACCAGCAGAAAUGAUUCUGUCCUAGCGCCAUCCCCAAAGCUUGCAAAGGAUAGUGUGUUUCAAAUUAUCUCUGUUUGCAAAGGAACAAGCCUAGGUUUGAAUAUUGUAGGAGGAAUUAACAGAAAUGAAGGGCCUUUGGUUUAUAUUCAAGAAGUUAUCCCUGGUGGUGACUGUCAUAAGGAUGGACGAUUGAAGCCUGGAGAUCAGCUUGUAUCCGUAAACAAAGAAUCAAUGAUUGGUGUCUCCUAUGAAGAGGCAAAAAGUAUAAUCAAUAGAACAAAUAUGAGAUUUGAAAGUUUUUGGGAGAUAGCUUUUAUUAGACAAAAAAACAUUGCCAGUUAUUCAGAGGAUCUGCAACGUCCAUCCACUCUCUUAACAUCUUCUGUAGUAUAUGGAGAGCAGCAGGCUGCAAUACUUAGUCCUCUUGCAUCUCCUAAUGGGAAGCUUGUCUCCAAGUUCACUGCUAAUGCUAUGGAAACUGGAAUCAAGAAGAAAGAGCAAUCUCCAGUUGAGACUGUAGACAACAGUCCUACUGAUGUGCCUGCCCCUGUACUCUCUCUCAAUCAGAUUGAUGAUUAUAGGCCACAAGGAAGGAAGAAUUUCUUGAACUCUUCUGUUCAUCUCAAAGCAGAAAAGCUGGAGAAAGCAUUGCAUUAUCUUGGGAUACAGCCCACAAAUGAACAGCAACAAGCCAUAAGGCAGCAGCUUGAGAAGGAUUCUGAAGGAACAGUGUCUUUUGGAGAUUUUGUUCAGGUUUCAAGGAAUCUGUUCUCUUUGCAUUUGAAUGCAACAGAUGGUGACCAAAAACCUGUAACAUUUGGGGCCAAUGAACUUGCCAGUUUUUUAGAUUCACAGUUUGCAACUUGUGAUUCUUUGGAGGAUGACAUGGAAAGGCUUAAGAGAGAAAGAAAUGAAGCUUUAAGAGAGAUAAGUAAAUUAAAGGAAGAAUUGUCUGAAUCUGUGAAUUUACAGAAACAGUUAACAGAGGAGCUACAAACAGUCAAGCAAGAAGCCAAGGCAGCUGUAGAAGAGACAAGAGCCUUGCGAAGUAGGAUUCAUCUUGCAGAAGCUGCACAACAGCAGGCUCAGGGAAUGGAGAUGGACUAUGAAGAAGUAAUUCGCUUAUUAGAAGCUGAAAUUGUGGAGCUGAAGGCUCAGCUCACUGAUAAUUCUGACCAAAAUAAAGAAAACAUCCAAGACUUAAGAAAGAGAGUUACAGUGCUCGACUGCCAACUGCGGAAAUCAGAAUCAGCUAGGAAGACCUUUGAGGUGACUACUGGAAAAUUGCUACAAUUUGUAGAGGUUGUGCAUGAAGUACUCUCAGAUAACUAUACUUCCUCAACAGUUUUAAGUGACAGAAGAACAACAUUGUCUACUAAAGCACUUCUUGCACGGUUGGGAAGGACUGGACCUACUGUCACAACAGCUCUUGCAGUGGAAGCCAAAGACCUUGCCAAAUCUGUCCGGGCUGUUUUGGAAGUAGAUUGUCUACCUUAUGGAUGGGAAGAAGCUUAUACAGCAGAUGGAAUCAAGUACUUCAUCAAUCAUGUAACGCAGACAACAUCUUGGAUCCAUCCUGUAACAAGUGCACUAAGCUUGCUUGGCCCUGAGGAUGACGACGAUGGCAUAAGAGACACUCCCGGGUCCAAGAGCUGAGGACAUCUGUAGACAGAAAGAAGUUUGUCUAAUUGCAGCAUGGUAGUGAGAAGACAUACGGUUUUUGAUCUAAUGUACUUUGUAGUCUAACCUAGUAGUACCUUCUUCCCCUUGAAGUCAGCAGGUAUUCUGUUCAUUUAGGUAGAUUUAUCCAUGGGUGAAAUUCAUCCUGAGAAAGAUGCAGGUGCUGCAGAAGACUCCCUUCAACCUUUAUCUGCCCCAGUUCAGUGUGCAGGCAUCAGACUUAUAUUAGGGCUUGAUCCUGUCUUUUCAUGACUUUCCUGUUGGCAUAAUUCCAUUGUCAUUCACUGAGAGUUUCACAGCUUUGACCAGGAUGAAAGUAAGACUGGGCCCUUGGUUGUGAUUCACAUGGCAAAUGCCAGUUGGUGUUUACCUGAAACAUGCAAGGUGAGCUUUUCUCUUUUUUUUUCUUUUUUAACCAACGAUAGUGGGCAGUACAUAGAUGCCUUUUCUGUAACUACUGAAUUAUCUCAUUUUUAUAAAAGAAUUUUUUGAAUUUAUUUUGCUAACAAACAAUUGCAAAUUAUUAAGUAUUUGAUCCCAAUUGACUCCUUUAACAAGUACUUUAUUAAGACUGGUGAUUGGGCUUUAGGAAGAUGAGUCUGUAAGUUGUCAAGUGAAAAAAAAACGUUUUGGUAAAGAACCCCAUACUCUGCCAACAAUAUGAAGCAAGAAUGAAAAUAAUUCUUCUUUUGUACUCUGCUAAACUGAAACAUGCAUCAAAUAUUUCAGUGGAAGCUGUGAAGUUUCAAGUACAAUGAAACCUGUGAAACCACCUCCAGGAUCAGCAGAAAUCAGUCACCUCCUCAAAGUUGGUCUUUAAGUAGAACAAAAUCUUCUUGUAAAAAUUGGUGAUGAUUUAAAGAGGAUAAAGAAAACAACAGGGGGUGCUACUGCAACCUAAUGAACAAGUUUCUCUGCUCCAACCUAACAAACAGGUUUCACUGUACCCUACUAGUACAGGAUAUUUUAAAUCUCAUUAUUCACAGCACAACAUCUGAUCCUCGCUUUGUCAAAUAUUUUAUUAUAUGCUGGAGAGUCUGGAAACUCUAUAUACCUGUUCAUGUUUGAGUACAUAUAUACAUAUACACACCUCUGUAUGUGUGUGUGUAUUUUAUAUAUACAUAUAUAUAUGGUAGGUUUUGACUAAUGAGUGAAAUACGGACCUGAAGUUUUGCUGAAGCAUUAGUGAAUAUGCCAAAGGAAAAAUAUUUCUGACCUUAAGUUCAAGAAGGAGAACAGUAUUGUAAGCGUGUGAGGAAGGCACAGGCUGCAACCUGCACUUUUCUGAGGAACACACUUAAGGACUUCUGAACUUCCCUGGAAAGGUUCAGGCACCCUUCUUCACACCAGCUCAUCUCUCUUGGCCGACACAAAGGAAUGAGGCUGCACUGCCACUUUUUUUUGGAGGUCUAUCUCUGGCAGGUGUGAUUUAAAAAAUCAGUGCACUCUGAAGUAUGGAUAUAAAGACCUGACUUAUUUGCAGUUCUAGUGCCUCUACCACUCUCUCUAUGACCCUUGUGUUACAGAGCUGUGCCAAGUCAGGCUCACUGGAGCUGUUGGCCCUUUUGAAUCAAAAAUAUUUUACAAUUUAGAAAGUCUCUUUGAAUAGCAGUGCAGCAGUUUAUUGCAUAUGGCCUGUGAGCUGUAGAGCACAUCACCAAAAUGUUCUCCUGCAGGAACAUGUACAGUAGUGGUCUGAGGUACAGCUCAGAAAAGAACUUUUUGCAGACUGAGUGGAAGUAGGUGUCAGGAUCUACUCAAUGAGCAAAUAGGAAAAUUUGGUUUGUACUUUUAACUAAGUCGGAACCAAAUUGUCCCUGAAUCUGCACAGGUGGUGUGGAUUAGGAAGAACUUGCUCAGCAGAUCCACAGUAACUUACAUUUCUGAGAAAACUCCUCAUCUAUAGCAAUAGCCCCUAAGGUCGCAAUGCUUCAGUCAUGUUUUGCUCCAGUGGCUCUUAAGUACUUCAUUAUCUCUUUUGUGUUCCCCCAGAACAUAGUCUGAAGGAGCAAAGCAUGUGCUUCAGGUACAGGGUUACACACUCUAGAAACACUUCUAUUUAAAUCCCUUUUCUGAAAGUGGUUCAGACUCAUAAUACAUAGAGCUCUGAAUUCCAAUAUUUACUGUAGCCUUAGUAGUAGUUAGGGUGCUUUCUUUAUGACACGUACUUUUAGUUCAUACUUUUAGGAUAGGCAAAUUGCAUGUAGACUCCAGUUUUCCAGUUCUGUGCAAGAGAGGUUGAAUCUCUGCAUAACUGUUACAGUCUUGACUUAUUCUGCUAGUGGUUUUGUGACAGCUAGCUGAGUGUUUCAAACAGGAGAAGCUAUUUAGGGACAGAGCUAGAGUCUAUGGAUCAAGCAGGCUUCAUCAGCAGAGACUUUCUAGAGACCUAACAGCAAUUUAAAGCUCUUCUUCUGUUAGAUCAGUUGGAGGAGGACAGUUAUGUGCAUAUUGCUUGCCUUCUCCAAGGAGCUGGUAAUGAUCUCUUGCUCCAAGCACCCAAUGCACAGCCUGCUGUGCACGAGAGGGGGAGAAAUCAAGACAAAAUGUUGGCAUUCUGCCUGCUCUGCUUACUCUCUCCACCCACAGCUGAGAAUAUUUCAGAAACUUGAAGACUGUUUCUCCCUCUCUAAUUUUGCCUAGAAAUUAAAGACAUUUUAGAAAUAGAUCUCCGCGUCCAUCUAGCUUCUUCUCUGCUAAGUAUUACCUCUUCAGAUAAUCUACUGUUCAAGUUCUCCUCUACUGAGACUGCAUUUUCAUACCUACAAUCUCCAAAUGUUCUAAUCUAUUUUUGUAAGCUGGCAUACUUGUUUCCUAGGUUAUUUCUCUCUCUGUCUCCCCUUCUCUCUUGCUUUCUGUGAAAUAGUUUGCAAAACUAUUUUGACUAAACUGAACAGUGUAUGUUGAGAAAAUAGUUCUAGGAUAACUUAAAAAGUAUUUGUAAAGAGCAGUUGUCAAAACAUGCAACACUGUAAACAGCUACUUUUCAUUUUUAUUACAGAAUAAAACAUUUUA